AUGUCCCACAAAAUUAUUGUAAUCGACAAAGAAGAAAAAGAAUACUUAGAUAAAAGUCAAUAUGACGAUAAAUACGAUAAAAUUCAAUAUGACGAUGAAUACGAUAAAAUUCAAUAUGACGAUGAAUACAUCGUUGUAAAAGAUUACGUUGACUUCAAAAAUGAAGACACUCUUGUGGCCGUUAGUCCGGAUGGUUCGAUUGUAGCAACGUUUAAUUCAGAUAGUUCUCGUAUAACAAUUACAAACGUGGCGAUAAAUAAAAAGGCAAAAAUAUCUUUUGAUAGGAAGAAACUCUCUGACGAUAACGUUAAUUUUCUUGGAUGGUCAUUAGCAGUUUCGGAUAUCAUUGACAAUAACAUCGUCUUUGUUGCAAUUUCUUGCAUAACUGAAGAAGACAUGAAUCCAAAAGAAGUUAAUGAAUUUCGAAUGGCGUUUUUUCAAAUAAAACAAUUACGAGAACAUAUUUUUGCAUUAUUCAACCGUUAUUUUAUUGUCCUUUUCUUGCUCAUUUUUGUUAUUUUUUUCUUUCUUCCUAUCCUUUUAAGUGUAUUCAUUCUCUGCCUUCUUGUUUUACUGUAUUUAUAUAAUUUCUUUCGUUUCCAUGCGUCUUACUCUAGUGAUGAUGAUAUUGAACAAUUUAAAUUAUCCUGGAUUUCUAGCAAGGGAACGAUACAACUAUAUAAAUUCGAACUUAAUGAUUCCACUAACCUCUCUGAUGCUCAAAUAUCUCCAAUACACAAGAGCAAGCUUGGUGGAGUAAUUGGCUUUUUAAAAACUUCUAAAACUUCAAAGAAUAAUGUAACACUCGUUUGCACGAAUUAUAUCGGAAUACAUAAGAUUAAUAUUAGACUAAGUGGAAAAAAUGUUAAAUCUGUUGUUAGCUAUUUAUUGCCUGGAAUUAUAUAUAAGAUUAUUAUUAGACUAAGUGGAAAAAAAGUUGAAUCUAGCUAUUUAUUGCCCGAAAUUUUAUAUAAAAAACUAAAAAAUGUUAAAGAUGCAACUCAUAAUUUGGAAUAUCUUUCAAAAUCUAGAUAUCAGGAAUUUUUAAUGGUUGAUGUAAAUAAUCAUCAAGCAGUGCAAAAUAUUGAAAUUUAUGAUAUCAAUACUUUACAGUUGGUGAACGUUUUUUAUAAAUAUCAAGAUUCUUUGAUUACCAAGAACAAUAAACCUGGAAUUUUUGCAAUAUCAACUGAUUCAAGAUUACUUGCUUAUUCUUAUGGAAAUAAUACCAUUGCAAUUUAUUUAAUGGAAAAUGGUCUUGAGGUUGUUUUAAAAAAAUUUGAUAAUAUUUUUAAAAUUAAAUUUUUAAAAUUUAUUAAAGAUGAAAAAUUGUUCAUUAUUGAAAAAAAAAGAGAAGGUGGCGAGAAGUUACACGUUUGGGUUAUAUCAGGAUGCUUAAAUGAUUAUUUUUCAUCCCCUAUUCCAUUAUAUAGUAGUUUUGCAUUAUUGAAACAUGAGUAUAAUUCAGUAAUUUUUCUUAAAGUUGAGGAUGAUGACGAUAAGAGCCAGUUUAAAAAUUUAUGCGAGAAACUUAUAAAAAUGCCCACAUCUUUUGGAGAUAAGGAUUUUGUAACUGAAUAUAAAAAAUGUAUACCUGAUAUGGAACCAUGGAUUGAAAAUACCUAUACACCUGAUACGGAACCAUGGACACGUGGAUUUCUUAACAAUGACAAGAAAUUCCUUCUUAUAAUCGGUCAAAAGAGUAUUCAGCUUUGGAAAUCUAAAUCACAAAAUUUUAAAGAUUCCGAAGAUUUUAAAAGUUUUGAAAAUUCGGACCUCGUUUAUAUUUUCAUCAGCAAGACUUCAUUCAAAAGCAGGCCUAAAUUUCAAAUUAAGAAUGACAUGACAACUGUCAUAAUUGACGCAUGUAAAUCACUGGCUUAUCUAUAUACAUUAAAUAAUACUAAUUUUGAAGACAAGUGUCAAAAGUAUGUCAGUGGAAUCACAAAUAUUAUUAGAGACUUCAUCAAAAAAUAUCCUAAUAAUUGGAAACUUAUGGAAGUUCAAUACCCUUUAAUGGCAUAUCUAAUUAUUUCGCGUUCAUUUUCUUUAAUAAAAUGCAUUCUGUUUGGAGACAAUAGUCAAAAGAAGAAUGCUAGUUCGCUACAUAAACCACAAAGCAAAUGUGUUUCAGAUUAUGAUAUUGAUUUGGAUUUGAAUUUAAAUGAUUUGAAAUUAAAUAAUUUGGACUCAAAUGAUUUGGAUUUAGAAAAUUUUAAUAAUUUGAAAUUAGGAAAAUUGGAUUUAAAUAAAUUGAAAUUAAAUGAUUUGAAGUUAGAUAAUUCGAAAUCAGCUUUGAAAUUUAAGAUAUUGGAAUUAAGUAAGAAGAAAUUAAAUGAUUUGAAUUUAGAAGAUUUGAAUUUAGAAGAUUUGAAAAAGUUGAAUUAUUUGGAUUUAAUUGAUUCGGAAUUAGCUUCGAAAUUAAAUAAUUUGAAAAUAAAUGAUUUGAAAAUAAGUAAUUUGAAUUUAAAUGAUUCGGAAUUAGCUUCGAAAUUAAAUAAUUUGAAAUUAAUAUUAAAUGGUUUGAAAUCAACUGGUUUGAAUUUAAAUUCUUUGAAUUUAAAUAAUUUGGAAGAUUUGAAUUUAAUUGAUCCGGAAUUAGCUUUGAAAUUAAAUAAUUUGAAUUUAAAUAAUUUGAAAUUAAAUGAUUUUAAUUUAGUUGAUUUGAACUUAGAUCGGAAAUUAAAUAUUUUGAAAUUAAAAUUAGAUAAGUUGGAAUUAAAUGAUUUUAAUUUAAAUAGAUUGAAUGAUUUGAAUAUAAUUGAUUCGGAAUUAUAUUCGGAAUUAAAAGAUUUGAAAUUAAAAGAUUUGAAUUUAAAUAAUUCGAAAUUAAAUGAUUUGUAUUUAUCUUUGAAAUUAAAAUCUUUGAAAUUAAAUUAUUUGGAAUUAGCUUUGAAAUUAGAUCAAGAUCAAGAUGCUGUUAUACUGACAUAUCUUCUAGAGUAUUAUUCUGAAAAUGCUAAGGAUCACAUUGGUUGGAUGAAUAAUGUUAAAGAAAUUUUUCCGAAAUUACCUGAAAAUUAUUCGGAAUUAUUAUUUUAUAAACCUUGUUUUGGGGGAGUGAAAUUCAACUUUUUAAAUAAAAGAUUUAAAACAUCAUAUGAUUCAUUAAAAUUUAAAGUACAUUUGCCAGUUACACGGCUUAUAGAAGCGAAAUCUGCAAGUUUUCUUCAAUACGAAGUAAUUAGGAAUGAAGAAUUAUCAAAUAUUUAUAUUGUACCAUUUCUUUUUAAAGAGACAACGCAUGAUUCAAAAGAUGAAGACAAACGAAUAAUCAGAAUAAUUAAAAAAUCUUUUCGUUUAUUGUUAAGAUUAUUACUUCUACGGGGAUACAGUUACAAAGAAUCUAGCCAAUUUUUCUCAUUUCUUCAAAAAAAUCAACAUAAGGGCAACCGGGAAUAUUUUAAUGCUCCAAUAGUCGAAGCAUUUAUAACUUCAAAAUGGUUGCAGGCAAGAAAUCAUUGGGGGAUACGUUUAAUGUUUUAUACUACAUUUUUAUUCUUAUUUUCAUUCCUUUCUCAACUUUUCUUAAGUGAUAAUGAUUAUCAAAAUAAGCACAAUGCUACGUUUAUGACAGUGGUUGGAAUAUUUUAUUAUGUUGGAACGUAUUUAUUAAUAAUUGAGUUUAUGCAAAUAUAUAGGUAUAGAUUAAAUUACUGUAGAAAUGUAUUUAAUAUAUUUGAUCUAUGCAGUAUCGUGUUGGGAAUAAGUGUUUUCACUCUGAUAUUUGUAAAAUCAUUUAAUGAAACUAGUGGAAUUAAUCAUAAAUAUAUUGUUGUCUUAUUAACGGUAACUACUCUAAUACUUUGGACUGAAAUGCUUUUUCGGUUACGAUUAUUUGCGGAAGUGGCAUUAUAUAUAUUUAUUUUUGAAAAUAUUUUAAAAAAGAUUAUGCCAUUUUUUGUGUUUAUGGUAAUUUUAACAAUCGGAUUUGGACAUUCAAUGUUUGUUCUUCUUGGACAUCCAUCACUUCUUGAUUUAAUUCCAUCAGCUCCAACUUACACAUUAGAUAAUGGAACUACUAAUUUUACUUUAACAGGAGAAAUUCCAGAAAAUCCUUUUAACACAAUAUGGGAUGCUAUACUCUCCGCAUACUAUUGGAAUACAAUUGAUUUUAGUGAUUAUGAUUAUUGGCCAUUAAAGUUAUUUGCUUUCAUAGCAAAUGUUAUUUUAGUUCUUGUCUUAUUAAAUAUGAUCAUUGCAUUGAUGAAUGAUGCAUUUACUAAAGCAAAGGAAGAUGGUACUGAUGGACUUUUGUUAUUUAGAACAGAUCUUAUUCAUGAUUAUGAGAGUACUCACUUUAGCGAAUUACAUAAUGGUCCAUUAUAUAUAUGUUUUCAUCAAGAUUCUGAUUUGAUAAAAUAUUGGAAAGAAGCAUCUCGUGUAGAACCAAAAUUAUACGAAUGGUUUAAAGAGAGUAUGGAUGAAGAAAUAAAAUUUUAUGAUAAAAACAUUGAAGAUUGGUAUAAACUUAUCUCAGGUACACCUUAUAAUAAAUAUCGAGAUAUAUCUGAAAAUGAUAUCUGGUUCUUGAUGAAAGAAAGUAUAAAAUUUGAUGAUGAAAAACAUUGAAGGUUGGCAUAAACUUAUCUCAGGUACUGCGCCUUAUAAUGAAAAUCAAGAUAUAUCCG